AACCCGGCCCGAACCAGUGCUUCCAAAUCGUUUGUUUCGUUGAUGAAAGCAAAAGCAAGAAAAGAGUGGAAGCUAUCAUCUCCAUCGCAAUAAUGUCACUCUGCUUUCAACUUCCCUCCAAAUUCCCACUCAAUAUUCACCUCCGAUGCUCCAAACCCACUCCAACAUCACUCUCAGUCACGGCUUCAAGAAGUGAGGUGCUUCCUCCUGCUCUGGAUUCAUCCUCAGAACCACCGCCAAUCUUUGAUGGAAUUCCAAAGCUAUACAUUUCUUACUCAUGCCCAUAUGCACAACGUCCAUGGAUUGCCCGCAACUGUAAGGGAUUACAGGACACGAUAAAACUGGUCCCGAUUGACUUAAAGAACAGGCCAGCUUGGUACAAGGAAAAGGUUUAUCCGGCUAACAAGGUGCCGGCUCUGGAACACAAUAAUGAAGUUAAGGGAGAAAGUCUUGAUUUAAUUAAAUAUAUCGACAGUAACUUUGAAGGGCCUUCUCUCUUUCCGGAUGAUCCUUCCAAGAGAGAAUUUUCCGAGGAAUUGCUAUCACACCUUGACACAUUUUACAAAACUGUAACUUCUUAUUUCAAGGGAGAGAAGGAAGAUGUCGGCGCUGCUUUCGACUCUAUUGAGACCGCUCUUUCUAAAUAUGGAGAUGGACCUUUUUUCCUUGGCCAGUUCAGUCUUGUAGAUAUAGCUUAUGUGCCAUUCGUUGAAAGAUUCCAGCUUUUCUUACUAGAAGUAAAGAGUUACGAUAUUACAACAGGCAGGCCAAAACUUGCAGCCUGGAUUGAGGAGAUGAACCAAAUUGAGGGGUACAAAGUAACAAAAAGAGAUCCAAAUGAGCUUGUGGAAGGCUAUAAGAAGCGAUAUUCGUCUUAGCCCUGGCUGAAGAUGAAGACGACGAGUAGCUCUUAUUCUCAUAACUCACGCUAUAAGAGGAUCACUGUAAGUACAGUCCCCGGGGGGGAAAAGAAUGAGAACAUUAUGUAUGGAGAGUUGUAGAAUUGAAUUGAGUUUUUUGUUCCAACUCCGAUCAAUUUUUUAUAUUGGUAGCA